UCUGAACCCCCGCCUCCUCAGCAGUAUUUGCAUAGGCCUACUGAGAAGCAGAGCACCUCCCUCAGUAUGUUGGGUUUCCUUUUCAUGGAAGAACUCCUCUAACCGGACUUUCCACUCCAGUUUCCCAGCAGAGAAGGAAGUUAAACUGGGGUGGUUAAACUCUCCACCGCUGAAAAACACUCACAGGAAAACAACUUCGAGGAACCAGCGUGGUUUUGUGACGUAUUUGACUCCCAACUUUCCGCGGUUGUUGUUUUUCUCUCUCUAGGUUUUUGUGGGGGGUCUAUAAGAGCUGAUCCACUCCGCCGAUCCAUCAAGAUGUCUGUCCACACGACCCAGAAAAGGACGACGACCUACCAGACCGUGAACGUGGCCUCUCCGGAGCCGGUGACCAGCACGGUGAUCUCCUCCGAGUCGGUGUCCCCGAUGCCGUACGCGAUAAACGGCAACUAUGAGACGAUGCGGUACCUGGUCCCGGUGCAGCAGGCCGUGCAGCAGCAGUCCUACAUCCCGGUUCAGCAGCAGCAGUCCUACAUCCCGGUGCAGCAGCAGCAGUCCUACUACGUGAUCCAGCAGCCUAACGUCAUGAUGCAGCAGCAGCCCAUCAUGCAGCAGGUGGUGUCCCCGGUGUACCUGCAGAGAAUGUCACACCUGAGCGUCAGCAGCCAGGACUCCGCCGACCUGAUGUACCAGCAGCAGAGCACCACGGAGAGCAUCAGCAGGAAGUCUUCUGUGUUCAGCCACUCAUCCAGUCCUAUCAAGAGCCCUGAGCCAAGUGCUGAGGAGGAGGGAGGAGGAGGAGGAGGAGGAGGAGGAGGAGGAGGAAGAACAGGUGGAGGUGGAAGAGGUGGAGAUUGUCAACGUUAUACAGCAGAAGCCGCUGAGUGUAGAAAAGAUCUCCAGGACGGAGGUGAAGACCAAGCUGAGAGAAAUUCCCGAGCCGACCAAGUUGGACACGCGUUACUUUGGCGAGCUGCUGGCCGAUGUCUACCGGAAGAACUGUGACAUCCACUCCUGCAUCUCUGAGCAUGUGUCCAAGAUCCGUGGACAGAAUCACCAGCUGGAUCCCAGCAAUGACUACAAGGUGGAUAGAGAGGAGGUGGAGGCUUUGCUUCCCAAAGGAGCCACUGAACUGACCAAACAACAAAUCCGCUACCUGCUGCAGACUCGUGUCACUGCAGAUAAGAGCAUGCGCCUGCUGCUGUCCACCUUCAGCAGUCUGAGGGAGGAGCUCCUCCACAUGUCUGAGGACCUGCGGCGUCUGGAGAGUGACAAGGAGUCUUUGGAGAGAGAUCUGAGUUUCAAAGCAGACCAGGCUCGGCAGUAUGACUGCCUCCUGGAGGCCGUCCGAGAAAACAACAGACAGCUCCAGAUUUCUUUGAAGGAAAGCAGCAGCGCCCAGCGUUCCCUGGAGAGCCAGCUCCUGAGCUCCCGGAGCAGCGACUCGAGCCGCGACUUCAGGAUCAAAGAGAUGGAGGGGAGGAUGAGAGCAGUGGAGAAGGAGAAUGAGAUACUCCGACAGAAGCUGGCAGGUCAGGGCAGCAGCACCAGCCUGCAUAUCAAGACAGAGGAGUUGUCACGACAGUACAAAGAUCAGCUCAACUCUUUGAGAGAAGAAAAAGACCAGGAGAUACAGAGGCUGCGGAACCAGAUAACCACGAUCAGGACGGAGGUCACCACCGAGAACUCGUCCUCAGACCAGAGUCUCCAGCUGAAAAUCGCAGAGCUGCUCACCACUUUGCAGCAGCGGCAGACCACCAUCACCCGACAGGAGGAGGAGAUCAGGAGGCUGAUGCAGGAGAGGAGUGACAGCUCCAAGAACCAAGUCACCAAGACCAUCAUCACAAAGAGGUACAGGAACCAGUACCCUCUCCUUGGUCUGUUGAGCGACGACUACAAUGCCACCUCGCCCGUCAAAGAAGCCAAGACCAUUGUCAUCGAGAAAACUGGGGAGAUGUACAAGCAGGAAAUCAUUACAACCCCUUAAAAGACACACUGCUUCUCUCCGACAGGAAUGAUUGAACAUAGAGAAGACCCAGACGUCACCCACCCUUCCACUCUGCAUGCUCCCCCCUCCCCUUUCGCUUCCCUCCCUCAUCCUCAGGGCUCCCAGGCUUGGUGAUGGUUGAAAUUGCCCCCCCUUCCCCCCGCCCCAUAUUUGGGAUUGUUUGUUCAAGUCUUUGGUUUGAUCAAAUUGGGCUGGUACCUGCUUUAUUUAGGCUUACUAUGACAAGGAAACAAAUCUAUGCUACAGCCAGUAGGUGGUGCAAUGAAGCGUGACAACUGGGAACUGGUUAAGAUUUGAACAGAAGACAGUUUUGUUAAAAAAAAAAAUCUGAGCAGGGAUGAUUUACUAAUUGGCACAAACAGCUACUUCCUCUACUCUAAAGGUUUAAGUUGUAAACAUGUCAGAUCACAGUUAACCAAGUAAACGUUGGCUAUGUCCCCAACUGGCCUUUGAUCGGCUGCCCUCCAUACUGCCCGCAGUAGUUGAAACUGAAUGUCAUGUGGAAAUGUUAAAAAUACAAAAUGUACAGAGCCCCUGAGGUGACAUGGAGGGGGGAAAAAAAUCAAGGGAAAAAGAAAUUACUGAACAAUCACUUUUGUGAGAUCUUGACUUUGACAUGGAGAAAAAAAAAGAAGCUUUUUUUGUUCCAGUAAUUGUUUUCCCCCUCCAUGUCAAAGUCAAGAUCUUGCAAAACAAAUUCAAGAUCUUGCAAAAGUGAUUGUUCCAGUAAUUUUUUUUCUUCGUUGAUUCCCCCCCCCAUGUCACCUCGGGGGCUCCGUAAAAAUGCGAAUGAGGUUGUUAAAAAUUAAAAGUCCAUGGUACUCUAACAUACUCUUUUUCAAAUUGUACAUAUAAGCUCUUGAUCUGACUAUGUACAAUAACACUAAAACAUGGUCUACAAUAUUUUAAUGAAAAAAUGGGUUUGGACCAGGUAAAUAAAUGAUUAGCGCUCUGCAGUAGGGUUGGGAAAUGACGAUACAUUGCCUGCAAUUAAAUCACUAAACGUGAUUUUGUGAUAUAUUGCAAGACCGUCAUCUGUGAUACAUUACAAUGUAUGUAACUGAAGAAAAGUGGGAGACUAUAUGUGAAAAUAUCUAAAAGUCUAGGAGUUUCCUGUAUUUGAUGUGAGGCACAAACCAGGAAAAGGCCAAACGGUUCAGAAACAUUUUGGAGUAAAAGAAAGUUGCAGCAUGGUCUCAGUAUCACAGGAGAUUGUUUUGGGAUAUAUAACUGUAUCGAUUAUUUGUCCCAUCCCUACUUGGCAGCACAUAACUUACAUUAAGUACAUUAAAGCCUGCAUGCUGUCUUCCCUCGAAUCAAAAGGGGUAUAUCACGAAAAUGCUUGGAUGAAAGAUAGCUGCCAAACAAAGGGAAAUUGAUGGAGUGUCCCGAAUCUAUACUACAUGCUAAUUCUUAGCAGGGUUUGAGUAUGUUUCCACACAUACUCAACCCAGAUAGUAUGUACAUAUAUAUAUAUAUAUAUAUAUAUGAACAGCUGCUCACAAGUGGAACUAAUUUAAACAUGGAUGAUAAUGAGAUUCCUAAAAUAUCUUAAAAAACAAAAAGCUAUCGCUUCAAAAAUAAAUGCUUUCUCUGUGAAGUUUAAUUGGCAGCGAUGGCACCAAUGUCAGAAGUAUUUAAUAAUUUCAUGAUAACCAUUGUAGUACAUACUGUAUGAGAUUAUAUUUUAUGGAUUUGGAAAAGUUUGAAAUCUAAAAUUAGUCUUUGUAAAUUUGUCAUUAUCUGAUCAAUUACAAUGCCCUCUCUCUCAAAAGACAGAAAGGUCCAUGUUUUUCAUAUAAUAUAGUUCAGGACAAUUUGGUUUCAUCAUGAGUUGAUCCUUUGCUGAGGGCUCUGGUCUUUACUUCACAAAUGUCCUGACUAUGGGGCUUUCUGAAGAGAAGACAAUGCGCUGAUGUAGAACCAUAUGUCACCUAGGUUACCAAACGCCUCAGCUUCCAGUUGUCACUAAUGCACGUUUAAGACAAGACUGGCACCAUUGAGCAUGUAGCAUGAGAUCCUCCUCAAAGCCACCACAGCCAUGUUAGCGCAGGGGAUGAGGAAGUGGAUGUGUUACUAUGAUUGCUUCUCGUGUAAAUAUUUGAUGUAUAUAUAUAUUGUAAGAUGGGCACGCUCAGUGAAUGUUUUCUUCUGUGUGACUGUACUUUGAUCAAGUAGUUUGCCUUGCUUUUGUGUUAGAUGGUAGUUUUUAUCUGUGUAAUUCUUUUAAAAAAAGCUUUUUAUUUUAAGGUUGGGAUAUCUUGAUAGACUCAGAGCUGCAUGGGUAUGUGCUGUUUACAUGUAGCUCUGAUUUGUUUAUGUGUGACAGAAGAUCUGGGUCAAAGCUGUCUAAUGUCCGUGAGGUGUAAUGCGUUGCCGUGGGUGGCACUGGAGCUUGGUUUUAUGGGCUUUUAUGAUGGUGGAAGAACAUUUUAAAGCACAAUAUUAUGUAAGAGGUUUAUUGAGUUUUUCUGUCUGAGUUUUCCUGGUUGCCUCUGUUCCAGCCUUUGGAAGCAUGUUGGGCUGCUUCAUGUCCACUGGGAGUUCGUCCUAAAGGUGCUGCGCCCUGUUUCACUGAUCCGCAGGUUGAUGGCAGUUCUGGGUAGGAAGUUUUCAGAAAAAACAACACUGAAACUAGCCGACUUUACGCUGAAGCUGUUUAUUUAUUGUUGCUCCUCUGAGCCUAAAAGUCUGCUACAUUGCAGACAUUGAUGUUUUCACCUUCCUGUUACCAUUGAAACAAGAAUCUAUUUGUGGUUCCCAAACCAGCUUCAUCCUACGUAUGAUAGCUGCAUAUGUAUUGAUAGUGAUAAUAAGACGUGACUUAUACAGAGAUAACAGGGAAAUUGGUUUAACGACAAA